AUGGCCCCACAAAGAGCAGGACAAAAGCGGAAGGUGGUAGAGGUUGCACGGCCGGAAGUUGAUGAUGUUGUGGAAGAUGCAGACGAGGGAUUGGUGGUGAAUGGCGCAUUCGACGACGGCGACAGCGACAGCGAGGGCGGGAGCGACGAGUUCGACGAAGAAGAGGACGAAGAGGACGAAGAAGACGAAGAUGAAGAACUGGACAGCGAUGAAAUCCCCUCCUCCGAUGACGAGCAGGAUAUCCGCCAGCAGCUGCGCGAUCUGAAGACAUCCUCCUCCACCACAGAAAAGAGCAACUUCCGCAUCGAAGAGGAUGCCAACGGGAACGAGCGCUACGUCUACGGCGAGAUCGAUCCAGUGUACGAUUCGGACGACUCGGWUGCGCGCAUCCCAACCAAUACGAUAGGCGACAUCCCACUAUCGUACUACGACGCCUACCCUCAUAUUGGCUACGACAUCAAUGGCAAGCGUAUUGCUCGUCCAGCCAAGGGCCAUGCUUUGGACUCGCUUCUUGACAGCAUCGACAUUCCCGAAGGCUGGACUGGCCUGACGGAUCCUGCAACGGGCAAGCCGCUCAAUUUGACUGCCGACGAGCUGCAAACAUUGAAGCAGCUGACCCGCAAUGRGCGGGAUGGUGAUGGCUACGAUCCUUAUCCAGACAUGGUCGAGUACUUCACCGGGAAGGGUAUGGAGAUGGUCAUGCCGCUCACUGCGGCGCCAGAACCCAAGCGUCGCUUUGUUCCCUCAAUGCAUGAGCAUAAACGGGUGAUGAAGAUGGUCAAGGCAAUCAAGGACGGUCGCAUCAAACCAUUCCGUGAACAGACUGAGGAAGAGCGUGAGCAGGAAGAAGCUGAGAACGAAUUCAUUCGAUACGAUGUGUGGGCGAAUGAAGCACCCCGUCCGGACCAUGUCAUGAACGUACCCGCACCAAAGCUGCCACCGCCAGGCUACGAGGAGAGCUACCACCCGCCACCAGAGUACCUACCUGAUCAGCACGAACGUGAGGCAUGGGAGCAGCAGGACGAGGAGGAUCGAGACCGACCUUUCCUCCCACAGGACCACUCCGCGUUGCGAAAGGUUCCCGGUUACGCAACCUUUGUCAAAGAGAAGUUCGAGCGCUGUCUGGACUUGUAUCUCGCACCUCGUGUGCGCCGCAGCAAGCUGAACAUCGACCCGGAAUCCCUGCUACCUAAAUUGCCGGAUCCCUCUGAGCUCAAGCCCUUCCCAACAACCUGCACCAAGRUUUUCACAGGACACGAAGGUCGUGUACGGAGUGUGGCUGUUCAUCCCGCUGGUAGAUAUGUGGCAUCUGGUGGUGAUGAUGGCACUGUGCGCGUCUGGGACCUUCAAACAUCUCGACAAGCCUGGCGCGUACGUCUUUCCACUGGCGACCCCGUCAAUGUCGUGACUUGGCGCCCCGGCCCAGCGAAUUGCAUCUUGGGGGUCUGCUGUGGCGAUACAGUACACCUCAUCGUUCCAGAGCUCGACUCGAUCGAUCCGGAGAUCCUCACAUCCUCUUUCGAGACUCUUGAUGCGGGCUUUGGCUAUGCCGCUUCCAAUCCAAAGGCGGCCACCAAAUCUGCCGAUGGCAAGGACAAGUCUUCUUCCGCACAAUGGGCCCGUCCACCAGCCUCGCUCCAAGACAAAGGUGUGGUCUUGACACUCACACUCCGCAGCACACCCAGAACACUAUCCUGGCACAGACGCGGCGAGUACUUCUCAACUGUGACGCCCAACACUUCCUCCACCUCAACGGCUAUCGCAAUCCACACCCUCUCCAAACACCAGACGCAAUUCCCAUUCAAACGGCUGAAGGGACUGGCGCAAAGCGUCUGCUUCCACCCUAGUAAACCUCUUUUCUUCGUCGCUACACGACAGCGUGUCCGAAUCUACGAUCUGCAAGCGCAGAAAAUGGAGAAGGAACUCAUGCCCGGUGCUCGCUGGAUCUCCGCCAUCUCUCUCCAUCCACAAGGUUCUMACUUGCUCAUCUCCUCGUACGAUAAGCGAUUACUCUGGCACGAUCUCGACCUCGGUGCGACACCUUACAAGACUCUCCGAUACCACAGCAAGGCGAUUCGGGAUGUCACAUUUCAUAAUUCCUACCCAUUGUUCGUGGAUGCUUCGGAUGAUGGUACUCUGCAGGUCUUCCAUGGAAAGGUCGUGGGUGACAGUAUGGAGAAUGCUACUGUUGUGCCGUUGAAGGUGUUGAGGGGACAUAGGAUCAAGAGUGAUUUGGGAGUUCUGAGUGUGGAGUGGCAUCCUAGCGAGGCUUGGAUUGUUAGUGGUGGUGCGGAUGGUGGUGUAAGAGUCUGGACUUGA